CAGCUCGAUUCGACCAUAGAACAAUUUCGAACAAAUUCGACAUGAUUGUGUAAAAUAUUCGACUCGAUAGUCAAUAAUUAAUAAGUUAUAACUUAUAACUAAUAUAACUAAAGACGACUCUGUGUGUAGUAGGUGUCAUCACAAUUCAUAGAACAAUAUUUUCAUCGAAAUCAAACUAUACUGUAUAGUAAGAUUAUGCUGAUUGCUGUUACGACCACAUAACAACGAUAAAUUAUUAUUAUUAUUAUUAUUAUUGUUUUUGUUUUUGUUUUUGUCGAACAAAGUCUACUACAGUAAAGUUGUAUAUAGUACAGUUGUACUUAGUGCUAAGAUAGUAUCGGCAAGUGAUAGCCUAUCUUAAAUCGUGGUAUAGACUAUUAAUUAUUACUAUUAUUUACUACUUUUGUUUAUGCGACUGCGGUACCUAUCGGCCACUGAAUAAUCAAAGUUAUAGUUUUUGUUUUUCACUGUAAAUUAUUCAACAUGAACUCUAUAACUACAGACAAUAAGACCACUUCGUUAAUCUAUAACGAAUUUAAUAUGUAUAUUUGCCCAAAUAAUAUAUUCAUUGAGCCAGUACAAAACACAAAAAUAAUACUGAACAUUGAUCGAAUUGACUUCACCUCUCAAAAACAAACAAAUAAUGGUCAAAUACCGACAGAAAGUAAAAGCCAAACAAUUGCUGGAAUAUUAGGUGUCGUAAAACUUUUAAUUGGCCCUUAUAUUAUCAUUAUAAAAAAAAAAAAGUUUGUCGGUAAGAUAAAUGGUCAUGACAUAUGGCAGUUGAUAGACAUUGAUAUUUUACCUAUACCGAAAACUAAACUUCAUUUAAAUGAAACACAAGACCGAAUGGAUACUGAAUAUUUAAACAUGAUCAAGCAAACUUUUAAUACACCAUAUUAUUAUUUUUCAUAUUCAUAUGAUUUAACUCACACUAUGCAGAGGCUGUAUAACACGUCAACAUCAUUUGUAAACAUACCAAUGUAUGAAAGAGCAGAUCAGCGAUUUCUGUGGAAUCAUUAUUUAUUGAAGAAUUUUUGUAUGGAGCAUCAUGAGUUUUGUGUUCCUAUCAUUCAUGGAUUUAUUGCGAUAAAUAAUUGCAUUUUAAAUGGAAAAGAUUUUGUUUGGACAGUAGUAUCUAGACGAUCACGAAAUCGUCAUGGCCCAAGAUUAUUAAAACGUGGUAUUGAUCUGAAUGGAAAUGUUGCCAAUUUUGUUGAGACAGAAAUGAUAGUUGAAUAUAAUAACAGUAUGAGUUCUUAUGUUCAGACACGUGGAUCAAUUCCUUUGUAUUGGGCUCAAUAUCCAACACUUAAAUAUAAGCCCGCAAUGCAGAUAGCUCAAAAUGAAAACCAUUUAGAAGCAGCUACUAUUCAUUUUAAUGAGCAGAUUUCUGUUUAUGGUCAACAAAUUUUGAUUAACUUGAUUGAUCAUAGAGGUGCAGAGCAAGAAUUGGAACGCAAUUAUCAUGAUAUUGUUACUAUGUUGGACAAUAAUAAAAUUAAAUAUGAAGCAUUUGAUUUUCAUAGUGAGUGUAAAAAAAUGAGAUGGGAUAGACUUUCAAUUUUGGUUAAUAGAGUAGCCCACGAGCAAGAUAAUUUAAAAUACUUUCUUCUUGGAUCUGAUGGAAAAUUGCUUAUCCUACAAAAAGGAGUAUUUAGAACAAACUGUGUUGACUGUUUAGAUCGAACAAAUGUUGUACAAAGUUUAUUAGGCCGUAGAAUGUUGACUGUUAUGUUGCAGAAAAUGGACAUAUUAAACUUUGGUCAAAAAGUUGAAGAUCAAUUAGAUUUUGAAAGUUUAUUCAAAUCAGUAUGGGCUGACCAUGCUGAUAUUAUAUCAAUUCAAUACUCUGGAACAGGAGCCCUAAAAACUGAUUUUACGCGAACUGGUAAACGUACUUAUAACGGAAUGUUUAGAGAUUUAAAAAACUCACUUUUGCGUUAUUACAAAAACAAUCUCAGAGAUGGAGUUCGCCAAGAUAGUAUUGAUCUUGUUUUGGGAAAUUAUGUUGUAAAUGCCGAAGAAAGUGCAUCAUUAUCAUGUCCUUUAGAAGUCAAACCGGCCCUUAAAUAUUUUAUGUAUCCAAUAAUCCUAAUGAUUGCACUAGCAAUGUUCAUGGCAAAUGCGGUGUUUACUUCUGAAUACAACACUGGAACAUAUAUAUUCCUUCUAUUCUGGGGCACAAUGGUUAUGUGUGUAUUGUCAUUAAUAUUUUAUUACGGAAAAGAGUUUGUUAACUAUCCACGGCUGUCAAGUUUUGACAAUGGAAAAAGACACCAUCAUCAUCAAUCUUAGUGCAUUCCAACUCAAUUUUAUUAUAACUUGUUAUGGUUUAUUAUCUUUAUUAUUAUAAAAAUAAAAAUGUAUUGAUUAUUUUUAGUAAUAAAACUUUACUGUAUUAGUGA